AGAUAAAUACCGACGCUUCGUCCAAUCGGAGAGCGGCAGGGGGCGUUGACGAAUUCUUGUGUCCGCACUGUGUUUACUUCCGUCAAUAUUUCCAGCCGAGAGAGAGGCAAGAAACAGAAGCAGAAGGAGACACAACAUAGGAGUCGCUAAAGGUAUUUGUAGCGACAACGGCCCUCUCUGCUCACAAUCCUCCUGCGGGCUAAAAUGCCUUUCUUGGGCAAGGACUGGAGGUCGCCUGGAUGGAGCUGGACCAAGACAGAGCAUGGCUGGAAGAGGAUCAUCUUCUAUGGACACGAGUUGGAAGAUAACAACAGAGAGAUUGACUUAAAACAGCUCUGCAGUGACAACAAAGAGAAUCUGUUUGUCGGGGACAUGUGUGAGCUCACCACCACAAAGAGGAAAAAGGACUUCUACAACAAUAACACCAAAUCACAAUUUGUUUUCAGGGAUAAAUGGAUCUACGUGCAGAGAGGGAGCACGAAAGAACGUCAUGGAUACUGCACGCUCGGUGAAGCCAUCAACCGUCUAGACUUUUCCAGUGCCAUUCAGGACUUGAGGAGAUUCAACUAUGUGGCAAAACUUUUCCAGUUAAUAGCCAGGUCACAGCUGACCAAUUUGAGUGGGGCAGCCCAGAAAAACUAUUUCAAUAUACUGGAGAAGAUUGUACGAAAGGUUGUGGAGGACCAGUACAAUCCCCGUCUUGUCAAGGACCUGCUGCAUGACUUGAGCUCGACACUGCACAGUCUGGCGAUCCAUGUAGGCAGGUGUGUCCUCGUGGGCAACGUCAACAUCUGGUUGUGCCGACUGGAGACCAUCCUCAAAUGGCAGCAGCAGCUCAAUAACCUGCAGAUCCCAAAGCAAUUAUGCAAUGGCUUGUCAUUCAACGACUUGCCACUACACAUGCAGAACAAGAUCCUCUGCAAUCUAUCUGAUGCCUAUGACAUCAUUAACGUGGGACAGACCACGCCCACUCUGCAAAUCCUCAGUGAGGACAGGAUGCUUUGGAAGAAACUCUGCCACUUUCACUUCUCAGACAAACAGUUCUGUAGGAAUCUGGUCCUAUCCAAGAGCGACAACGUCGACUGGAAGCUGAUGUACUUCACCCUGCAGAAACACUAUCCAAUGAAGGAGCAGUACGGCGACACCUUGCACUUCUGCAAACACUGUAGCAUCCUCUUCUGGAAGGAGUGUGACCAUCCAUGCACAGCCAACGACCCUGACAGCUGCCUCAUGCCAGUCUCUCCGCAGCACUUUAUCGAUCUCUUCAAGUUCUGAACCCUCCUUGGUGUUCUUUCAAGCGAGGGAAGCGUCCGUUUACCCCUCGCUCCAUACCUGAGAGUGUGUACGAGACCAUGAUGUCGUUUACCCAAAUACAAAAGGGCUUCAACUGAAAGAGAUGAAUUUUUGUAUGUCUUAAUUUCCUUACGCACAACUGUUACCUUAAAGCAUCGAGAGGAUUAAACGGGACGAUUAUAAGAAUGUUGGUGGUGGGUGAAAUGUAAAAGAAAAAGUUUUUUCCUCCAUCUGCACAAAUGUUUGUCUUCUUUAUCAAAAAGGCUUUUUCCUGACAGAGAAAACAAUAAUAUGUAAAUGUAAUAUGAAUAUGUGAAAGGAUUUAUAUGUAAAAGAAGUUGUAGCAUGUUCAUGGUAGGUAAGUGAUGAUAGGUGUUGUUUUUUUUUAAAUGACAAAAGGUAAACUUUUUCUGUUUGGCAGAAUAAGACAACUCAUGUUGUUAAUUGUUUAUUUAAUGGGGUUAAACUAUUCUGCUCUUGCUCUGCUCUGUUCUGUUUUGGUGGUGUUUUUUCCUGCAAUAACUCAGUGCAUGUCGUGUUGGAGUCUCCGUUUACAUACUGUGUUGUCCUCUGUGAAUUCUUGCCGUGCUCCAUGUACAUUGUAGGCGUCAACACUAAGAAAUGAUAAUGUAAAGCUCCGUUAGCAGUACAAGUUUUUACAAUCUACUUUUGUCAGAGCUCGAUUAACAGACAGAGGAAAUGUAAAACAUUAUUUAUUGGGAAAAAAGGUUUUGUAUCCUUCCUUCAACUUUUUGUAAUAUUACUGUCCCCGUACUCUUGAUGGUACUAUCAUGACUUUUAUGGGACAGGUACUAGCUAUACUAUAAUUAAAUAUUUCUAAAAACCUG